AUGCCCUUCUCUGCUGCAGUGACACAAUCAACCCAUCUCGAAAAGGACAAAAAACCUCGAAACCCAGAACUUCAUCGUACGGCAUACCUUGACGGUCUUCGCGGAUUCGCAGCACUCCUCGUUUUCAGUUUGCACCACCAAGUCUGGGGUCAUUCUGGAUCAGGUGGAGAGUUUAUCCUCGAGAAUGCUUUUGGCUGGAAUGGAACCUAUCGAUUCAUCUGCUUUCCUGGUGUUCGUAUCCUGUUCUCAGGUGGACACCUCGCCGUAGCCAUAUUUUUCGUCAUUUCUGGUUAUGUUUUGUCAGCGAAACCGCUGGCCAUACUGCAGUCAGGAGAUACUACGAAAAUGUCGGAGAAUCUGGCCUCUGCAUUGUUUCGUAGAUGGCUUCGUCUGUAUAUACCUGUUGCAGGCACGACUUUCGCCUGGAUGUCAUCUUGGCACCUCCUCAAUAUCAGGUCUGGCAAUCCCAUCGCGGAACAGCCAGAAUCCACCUACUUUGGCGAAAUCUGGAAAUGGUAUUGCAACUUCAAGAACUACAGCUUCAUCUUCGAUGGAGAGCCUACGAAUGUAUACAAUGAUCAUACGUGGUCAAUACCGAAAGAAUUCAGAGGCUCCAUCGUGGUUUAUACUUCGCUCUUGGCUUUGUCUAGUUGCAGUCGCAAUUCUCGAUUGCUUUGCGAACUUCUUCUGCUGUACUAUUUCAUGUACAUCGUUGAUGGCUGGUACUGUGCUCUUUUCAUGGCUGGCAUGAUCUUAUGCGAUCUGGAUCUGCUUGCAAGCCGAGGACAGCUUCCGCAAAGACUGCACGCCUUGAAAGAGCACAAGACCAAGGUUUCGUACCUUCUCCUUGCUGUUGGCCUCUAUCUUGGCGGAGUUCCAUCUAUCUCGAAUGAUCUCCAGCAUCUCAGGGCUUCCCCUGGAUGGUACUUUCUCUCUUUCUUGAAACCUCAAGCGUUCUGGGACUUCAGAUGGUUCUUUCGCUCAUUGGCUGCAAUCUGCGUCGUCGCUGUCACCCCACAUAUUCACUGGCUCAAGAAAUUUUUUGAGACCUCUUUCUGCCAAUAUCUUGGGCGAGUGUCAUUUGGUUUCUACCUUGUUCAUGGUCCAGUACUCUGGACUUUGGGUGACAGGCUGUAUGCAGCCAGUGGCAGGAUACGCGAGGGCCAUAUCGGUAUUGUUCCUGACUGGAUCAACCUAAUGCCCCUGCCAGGUAUUGGGCCCUUUGGACUUGAGAUCAACUAUCUCGUUCCACAGUUCAUCUGCUUGGCGUUUACCUUGUGGCUUGCUGAGAUUGUCACUCGAUGUCUGGAUAAGCCGAGCCUCUACAUCGCGCAGCGUCUGUACCAGAGGGUUGGGCUUCAGAGUGAGAGUCUGGGAUCACACUACAGUUGGAAGCGAGAGAUGAAAGAUUGA